ACAUUCUGUAUCACAAAAUCCAAACAACAACAAUGGAGGAUUUCUCCUGCGCCAGCUGAACAUCUUUUACAGAGUUUUUAACCAGUUUGCGCUCUUAUUUUGUAAGGCAACAAAGAAAUAAUGUAGUAGUAAAUAUCGAAGAAGAUAUUAUAAGCCAUAAAGCAUGGAUCCAUAUCGCAUGACUGACAACAACAAUUCGUUUCCAUCUGUCAUUAGUUUGAAUGUUGGAGGAAAAGUGUUUGCCACUCGAUUGUCAACAUUACUGAGGUACCCCGACUCCAUGCUAGCUGUGAUGUUCAGUGGACGACACGUCAUUGAUAAGGAUAGUGAUGGGAACCAUUUCAUUGAUAGGGAUGGCACACAUUUCAACUACAUAUUAAAUUUUCUGAGAAAUGAACGGGAUCUGCCACCAGUUUCACUCUCUGAAGCGGUGCUACAGGAGGCCAUGUUUUAUGGGAUUACGCCAUUGAUUGAUAUCUUAAAAAAUUCACCCCCACUAUUUGCAGAAUAUGUUGUUCGACAGAACAUUCGGGAUAAAAUUCAGGAUUAUGGUGCUGUCAAAGAGAAGUUGAUAGACCUUGCCAGAGAGCAGGUGGUAGAGAGUGGUGCAAUCAUCUCAGUGGUCAGGGUUGCCACCACAAAAAAUCAACCCAUCCCAAGGGAUCUGCAGUUUUCUAAACAAGUAUAUAAGCAAUACUACAGAAAGUUCCGAACAUACAAGUCAUUUGAGUCUUGCUUUGGCAAAUAUCACCUUCAUAUUCCCAGUGACAGUAUCAAAGGAUUACCCAAUGUUGUGAUGGACAUACUCCCGAGUUGUUUGAGUUAUGAUUUGAAUAGAGAGGGCUAUCAUUGUUCUCAGUCUGCCGAGGGAAUUCAUGAUGAAGAACAUAAGCUGAAGACCAUCACGUGGUCAGAUGAGGAAUUCCAUGUCUGCUCUAGCUGUCAUGUGUUUCGAUUUGAUUGGUUGAAUACAUCACUUUAGUUUUAGAAUAUUUUGACACUCGAUGAAUGAAGUCCAGAACAAGAUAAAAGCAGAAAAUCACACCCCCCCCCCCCUUUCUUCAAAAAGAUGUGUAUUCCUGCUUCAAUACCCAAUAUAUGCAUUCACUAUUUACAAUUUUUUUUUCACAUAAAAUGGUGCUUUAAUAACAGCAGCAUAGUUUCAUAAGUGCCGAUGUGCUUGCAAAAAUAUAUAUGUAUGUGUAUCUUCUUUUUUUUUCUAAAAUACUCAUUUUAAAACUAAUGUGCACUUACCAAUUAUGUAUAAUAGAUGUUAUUUCAUACAUCUUUUAGAUUUAUUACUUCUACAGGUAAAUGUUCUGUUGAAAAUGUGAAGACACAUCAGAUUCGUAUAGUGGUUUAUUUGAAACUUUAAAUGUUAUUUUCUUGACAUUGUAGUAAUGUCUGUGAUGCCACACUUUAGUGAAAAACUAAAGACCAUAAAUGGAGUUACAAGUAGUUCAUAUUUUAUAACACGUACAAUUAUGAUGAGGUGCUUUAUAGAAUGAGAUAUGGGACUGUAAAUAUACUACAUUUUGCAGCACGAUUUUUUAAAUUAUCAGCUCACCUGAGCCCAAACUUUUAAUUAAAACUAGUCAUUAUUAAAUUUACUGAUUGAUUUAUACUUAAUCCAACAAUCUACUAUCACAGCAAAUAUUCCUAUAAUGAAUAUCAAUACAUCAUCAACAGUACUUGAAAGUCCAUUGUACAGUAAACAUGUUGUAAUUAAAGUGCGACUUAACGCCAUAUAGUACUUAUCUUCUGGAUGCAUAUUAUUGAAAAAUUUAGAUUUGUAGAAAAAAAUAAUUGUAAUUCAAACUUACUUUAUGCAUACAUGUCGUAAAAUUCAGAUUUGUAUGUUUCUAUUCCAAAAACAGAAGUGAAACUGGGCAAAAGUAAUUUAAACAUCCCCUUAGCUAGUAUAUAUAACUAGUCCAUAGACUUAGUAUUUUGUGUUAAAGAAAAGUUAGUAUUUAGAUCAGACUUUUAUAAUUAGGAUUAUUAAAAAGAGUAUCAAGCCUCAUCAGAUAUAGGGGAAAUAAAUUAUGUGACAAUUGUUAUAGAACUGUACCUCUUGUAGUUGUGAAUUGUUACAACUAGAAUGUACAAUGUACUAAAUUAAAAAGAUAGGGAAUAUCCAGUCCUGUUUCUUUUGACUUUAUUUUCACAUAGAUUUGUGAAUUUAUGACCUACAAAAUUUUAAUUCCUGGAAAUAUUUUCCAUUGUUUUUGUACGUUGUACUUUAUCAACUGCCUACAAAUUUUUUUUUUCUCACAUAUAAAUUGAUGGUGCCAAUCUUUCAAAAAUAGUCUUGAAAAAAUGUUCACAUCUGCUUUCUUGUUAAUAAAAUUAUGUGAUCUGAAUGCUGUCCAUUUGAAUAAAAUUUAUCCCUGUAUUCUCAAUCCGAAGUCACCAUUGUAAUGGCCAGUAUGUUUUAUUGUUUUGUGUCGGUGUGUGCUGCACUUUAAAGCUGGUCAAGUCUAUGUUGUAGGAAUGGGAUAUUUUAAUUUGUGUUGGUGUUAUGGCAAAAUGAAUAAGAUGUUGUAAUAGCUGAAAAGCAGUUUUCUGAUCAACAGUACAAAUACUCUUAACCUGCUUUGAAUUUGCCCAUAAAACUUUAUAGCUGCAAUUUUAAUAAAACUGCUACAUGUAUUUUAAAAUUGUUUUAUUACUGCAUCAAAUUAUGAGUUUAGAAUCCUUUGGAGUGAUACUGAAGAUGCCUGUACUUGUGUACACCAGUUCUUCAUUGAUGAAAUGAUAAGAACUUAUAUUUGUUAGGACUGAACUACAAGAUGAAAUAAAAUCUCUUUACUACUA